GGUCGGGAGUAUCAUCGCUACCUGCCCACUGUCAGGAAAGCUCCGCCCCCGACAUUUCGGGAGCAGUUUGAUAUAGGCAGCUCGGGGCAAGCAGCGGGAUCCCAGCUCGAAGCAUCUGCCUAUGCACGGAGCCCCUGACCCCUCCUUGGCCGCUCCUCGCUGAGCAGGACCCGAGCCGGCCGGUGGCCGGGGAGGACCCGCGCCGCUGCGGGCUCAACGCACCGCUGUCCCCCGCUCCGCAGUCCCUGCGACAGCUUCUCUGGGGGGGAGACAAGGACCUCUCCCACAAGGACCUCGCCCACAAGGACCUCCGAAGAGGCGGGAUUUCUCCGGGAAGAGGAAACGGGAUUUUGUUGUGUGACUUGGAGAUGAGACAGGUAUCUAGUGUGGGGUUGCUCCUUGGGCUCAUGGCUCUCCCAGCGGCGCUAGGAGAGAGAAGCUCAGAAAGCCCUCCAAAACACAACCAGACCAGCUUUGAGAUCGUCUCUUUCAAAUGGGAUCACGUCAAGGACCCUUAUGUCAUUGUUCUCUGGAUCCUUGUGGCCAGCUUGGCCAAAAUUGUUUUCCACUUGUCCCACAAAGUCACUCGGGUGGUUCCAGAGAGUGCUCUGCUGAUUGUUCUUGGUAUCGCCCUUGGUGGCAUUGUAUGGGCAGCAGACCACAUUGCCUCUUUUACCCUUACACCUGAGGUAUUUUUCUUCUAUCUGCUGCCCCCCAUUGUUCUGGAUGCUGGAUAUUUUAUGCCAAAUAGGUUGUUCUUUGGAAAUCUUGGUUCCAUCCUUUUGUAUGCUGUCAUUGGGACAGUCUGGAAUGCUGCCACAACUGGUUUAUCCCUCUACGGUGUCUAUCAGACAGGAAUAAUGGGCAACCUGGGGAGUGGACUGCUGGACUUCCUUCUGUUUGGCAGCUUAAUUGCAGCUGUGGAUCCUGUAGCAGUUCUGGCAGUGUUUGAAGAAGUCCAUGUCAAUGAAGUUCUAUUCAUCAUUGUUUUUGGAGAAUCUCUUCUGAAUGAUGCUGUAACUGUGGUGCUGUAUAAUGUGUUUGAAACUUUUGUUCGACUAGGACCAGAGAAAGUGACGGGGAUUGAAUGUGUCAAAGGCGUAGUGUCAUUCUUUGUGGUGAGCCUGGGUGGGACACUGGUUGGCAUUUUGUUUGCAUUCCUGCUCUCAUUGGUCAGCCGCUUCACCAAGCAUGUUAGAAUCAUUGAACCUGGAUUUGUGUUUAUUAUUUCCUACCUGUCCUACCUCACAGCAGAGAUGCUUUCUCUUUCUGCUAUCCUUGCGAUAACUUUCUGUGGCAUUUGCUGUCAGAAAUACGUCAAGGCUAACAUAUCUGAACAAUCUGCUACAACUGUAAGGUAUACCAUGAAAAUGUUGGCCAGUGGAGCAGAAACGGUUAUCUUCAUGUUCCUAGGAAUUUCAGCUGUAAAUCCUGCUAUCUGGACAUGGAAUACAGCUUUUAUACUGUUGACUCUAGUAUUCAUCUCAGUAUACAGAGUCAUUGGUGUAGUUAUACAGACAUGGAUUCUUAACCACUACCGAAUGGUCCAGUUGGAGAUAAUAGACCAGGUGGUGAUGUCAUAUGGUGGACUACGUGGAGCAGUUGCUUUUGCUCUGGCUGCGCUUCUGAAAGAAAAUGAAGUGAAAGACAAAAACCUGUUUGUCAGCACAACUAUCAUUGUUGUGUUUUUUACUGUUAUUUUCCAGGGAUUGACAAUCAAACCUUUGGUACAGUGGUUGAAAGUGAAGAAAACUGAACACAGAGAGCCAAAACUGAAUGAGAAACUUCAUGGCAGGGCUUUUGAUCACAUCCUUUCUGCUAUAGAAGACAUCUCUGGACAAAUAGGACAUAAUUAUCUAAGAGACAAGUGGUCCAAUUUCGAUAGAAAAUUCCUCAGUAAAAUACUGAUGAGAAGGUCUGCUCAAAAAUCAAGAGAUCGGAUCCUUAAUGUUUUCCAUGAACUCAACUUGAAGGAUGCGAUUAGCUAUGUGGCAGAGGGAGAACGUAGAGGUUCCUUGGCAUUUAUACGUUCUCCAAGUACAGACAACAUGGUGAAUGUGGAUUUCAAUACCCCACGCCCGAGUACUGUGGAAAGCUCUGUGUCUUAUUUACUGAGAGAAAAGGCUGGACCGGUUUGCCUUGACAUGCAAGCGUUAGAGCAGAGGAGGAAAAGUAUUCGGGACACAGAAGAUACAGUUGCUCACCACACCCUACAACAGUACCUGUAUAAACCCAGGCAGGAGCACAAACACCUGUACAGUCGACAUGAGAUCAUGCACAGUGAAGAUGAGAAACAAGACAAGGAAAUUUUCCAUAGGACAAUGAGGAAGCGCUUAGAAUCUUUCAAGAGUACCAAACUAGGAAUAAACCAUUCCAAGAAGCUGAAUAAAAUCCACAAGCGAGACCGGGGCCAAAAAAGGCGAAACAGCAAUGUCAUACCAAAUGGAAAAAUACCUUCAGAAAUUUCAGUACAAGAUUUUACAUUAAAGGAAAAAGAUUUGGAGUUUUCUGAAGCAGAAGAAAAUAAUGAUUAUGAAACUUUGCAUCUAGGCAAAGGAGUUGAUUUUCUGGCUGACGUGACCAAGCAAAAUUUCACAGAAAAUUCUACUGGCAUUGAUAACCCAGUAUUUUCAGCUGAUGAUGAUCAAAGCAUCUACAUGAAGUUCUCACCAUGGUUGUCUAGUGAAGAUACUGUGGUACCAUCACAAAGGGCCCGAGUGCAGAUCCCAUAUUCUCCAAACAACUUCAGACGGCUCACUCCAUUCCGCCUCAGCAAUAAAUCAAUAGAUUCCUUCCUGCUAGCAGAUGGCCCAGAGGAUCGACCCAGAUCUUUUCUCCCAGAAUCAACACAUAUGUAAUAUCUUAAAAGAGAUUAUCACCUUUAUUUUUAAUCAGUCCUCCUAUCAAUCCUGACUACUGACAAGAAGUUUACUUUUCUGAUUCUUUUUUUUUCUCAGAGCAUCUCUUUCCUUCCUGACUUUUUCCUACAACUAAACAUCUUCCAUUUUCCUUCCGUUUGAAUAAUAGAACAUCUUUCUAUUUUUCUUCUAUAGAAAAGCUAUCCAGACAUUAGGGGUGAAGUGCCUUGCUAUUUUUACAGAAGAUAAGGGUCUUGCUCUUUGUUUUGGCUUGAAAAUUUUAAAUGCUAAGCAAAAGAUAUUCCAAACACCAGAAUGUUUUUGUAUCCAUUUUCAAGCAGCUCCACAUUUCUUGGUUAGUCAGUUCUAGAAGAUAAAAUUAAUACCCAAAUUCCCUAACAUGGGGUUAUUCUAAUUCAAACCACUUAAAACUCCUUGUUCUUUCAAGUGACAUGGUGUGGGCUGUCUUCAGGUAUAAGCACAGUAGGCUGAAGCAAUCCAGCUGCUGACGCCAAAGCACAAGUUUUGCCUGUCCACGUCUCUCAUCUUUUGCCUAAGAGGUCAGAUGAGCCAUUUAAAACAUCAGAUUCUGUUGUAUUCCAGUGUACAUUAGGAACAGCAACGCUAGACCAGCAAUGAGCUGGUCUGAUUCUCUUACUCUUAGCAUGAUUAGAAUAUGAGUUUUGACUCUAUUGCUAAGAUGUUUUGAGUCAGUUUUGAACACUUGGCCAGUUGCAGUGCCCAACCAGUGAAAGUGGUCUCAUUGCUACAAGUACCCAAUGACACUGCUAAUGUACUUAUUUUCUUUGCAAUAAAAAACAUCAGAGUUUCCGCUACAUGGGUGGAGACUAUUACACAGCAGCCAGACUAUGAAGAAGCAGAAUUCCAGUUCUCAGUAUCAUAUCCAUAAACUGUGAAUUCAUCUUAAUCCAUAUCUUAUUUUGAAAACAGAAAAAUGUUUGGCUUUUUUGAUGCAGUAAAUAACUUGUUGACUCUAAUAUCUUAGAAAAAUAAAGUGACUCUGGGUUUAGAUUAAUAUCCUACUUGCCCUUUAAUUCUUGCUCCAUGAAAAUUUUCCACACCAUAAAAUACGGCCUUCAUUCCUAUAAUCAACACAGUCAAUGCUGUAAAUGAGGUGGGUCAGGUCACAGUUCAGCCAUCAUAAUUGAAUAGAACACAGGGCAACAGAGGGAUUAUGCAAUGAAAUGUGAUAGUCAAUUUCAUCAUGAAUUAGCUUUUGUGGAAUCCACAAUCACAAAUGUAUAACCUAGUGUCCUCUAUGCAUCAACAAAUAAAGGAAUGUGGCAAGUUGAAGGUACUUAGAUGAUCAAAGUUUGUACAAAGAUCUCAGGGCAAGAGUGAAUAAUUUUGCAUAAUUUUGCAAAUUUUGGUUUCAGAAGAAAUUCAUAAUCUUUGGAAAAUAAAUAGAAAAAGAAGUGCUCAUUUUUUCUUCUGUUCUGGCUUCUACCUUGCAAAAGAUGUGCUAGUUCAAGCAUAAUUUCAGAAAGCACAUCUCUUUACUGGAGUGGCCUGUAGGUCUGAAUUGGUUCUAAUGCUCAAUUCCUUAUGAAUGCAUCUUUGCUUGUUUUCUAAAUGAUGUUUUAAAAUAAAUGCUAGAUUAAUUAAAGAA